UAGUCAACAUCAACUCAGAGUUGCUGAGCUAGAGCUUGAUUUUUUGCAGUGUGUGUCGAAUAUAGUACCUUUUUAUAUGCUGCUUAAGUUACAAACAAUAAAGAGCUCACUCUUUACAAAAGACAUCAUCUUGUGGAAGUGUUUGAACAGCAGAAAAAAAUAUAGUAGGACAUUCUGAAUAUAAGAUGGAAAUAGCUGAAGGUAGGAUUACACCUUCUGCAGACAAAUCAGAACAACGGGAAAAGAUCUGGCAACUGAACCUGCUAGCAAGAGAUGUGCUUCUGAAAAGUGAUAAUGAAGAGAGAGUGGAAUAUGUGCUAAGACUGAUCUCUUCAACAAGAGAGCUGAGCGGAUCUCUCAGCCAACACCUGGGGAACAUUACAGAAAGCCUUCAAGACACUUGCCACUUGCUGAGUGUUCUUCAUGACAAACACAAGGAAUUGACUGCAAGUCCAGAGUACAAUGACAUUAUAGAUUGUCUGCAGAAAUUGAAGGAUUAUUUGACAAACACAGUCUCACACCUUCAAGAGGCCAAAAAUAAACUUUAUGCUGCUAGUUGCAAAGCAGAUGAUUCUCAGAUCCAGACUGCUCAAAAUACUUCUGGAGAAACAAGUGUGUGUUGUUCUGAAGGAGAAGCAAUGGAGUCUGUGCAAGCAUCUUCUAGUCCCAGUCACCAAUCCCAAAGAACUCCUUCCCCAAACAAGACAGAAGGUCAGAACAUUAAUCGAAUCCAGUCAAGUGACACUAAAACUGUGGCAAAAGAAAUAUUUGCAUCAUGGGCUGAAAAUGUAUCUGCUCAAGAACAGGACAUUAGCAGAGAACCUCCAAUGAAAAAGGAAGAUGGUGAAUGCAGAGUGCUAAUGACCUCUUCUCCAGAGAAAAAGGAUAAUAAUGGGAAAGAUAAGACUCUCAGAGAUAGCUCUGUUACUGAAAAAUAUUCAGAACUGGCUUGUCAAGAUGCUCUUAAGGGCACUCGAGAAGGCCUUCCAUCUCAGACAUUGACAGAUAUUUACGACAAAAUUGUCACAAGUUGUUGUGAAGAGGAAGAAAAAGCAGUAGUCACAGAACCGUCAAAAGAGGUGGAAAGUGAAGAACACAGACUGUCAGAGCAAAAGGAAGACACUGAAAUGAAAACAAAUUAUGAGAUUUCUACGAAUGAUCUAAUUACAUCUUUAGCACAAACAUGUGAUCUUACUGCUGUGAAUCCUACAAAUGAUUCAGAACUGCAAAAAUCUAGGGACUGGAUGAACAAAGAGUUUCUAGUGGAAGGGAGCGGUAAGAAUGAAUGUAAAGUAGUUUGUUUUAUUAAAGCCCCUGCAACUGCUCUGGAGAAUCUGACAUGUAAGAUAGUCAAUGACACUAGUUCCUUGGUGGUUGAUGAUUCUGAGGAGCUGGUCAGCAAUGUUAUCAGUAUUGAAUGCUCUGAUUAUGAGAAAACAAUCCCUUUCCCUAUCAACAUUGCAAUCCCGUUCACUUCACGCUUCAGAGGAAAUUAUCGGGAGAUUAUGGUGAAGGUGACAGAAGUGAACUUUCAAUCAAAUUACUUAACUCCCAUUUCUUUGGAGGGAUACCAAGGAAACCAUCAGGAAACAUUUGCGGAAGUGAAAGUUUACCAGCUGGGUGUUUUUUCUGUGUUGUCAUGCUUAAAGAGAGAAACUUUUACUGUUCCAAAGGUAGGACUCUCACAAAAGCUGAGCGUGGAUUCUAGAAUCUCUUUCUAUUAUCCUCCGGAAACUUUCAGUUCUCCAGCAGCCAUGCAGUUAAAGGUUCAGCCAAUUGAACCAUCACUGAUUUCCACACUGAAAGCAAGACAUGAUAUGUACUACUCAGUGGUAUCCACCAGUGCACUGGUUUAUAUCCAGCAUCCUUCAGCCCAACCAUUUAAUAACUCAGUCACUAUUACUCUACCCUGUCCUCCAAAUCCAGAAAAAAAAAGGCAAGGAGAUGAGACAGAACAAGUGAGAGCCAUCAGUGCUACAGUAAAGAGGGUUGCUGCAGCAUACCAUCCUCGGGCUACAAGUGCUUCUGUGAGAAAGAAUGGAGAGAAUCUCAGUGAUUCUUUGAAAUUAUUAGGUCACAGAAACAAAGAACAGGAAUGGAUGGUGUUUGAUGAUAUUAAUAUCCAGAAUGCACGGAAUGGGCUUGUAUCAUUUGAACUAAAUGAACAUUUAGAAAGCUUUGUGGUCAUUCGGCUUUCAUUCCUCUUGGAAACUACGUAUCUUCUCCUUUUUGCUCAGGCUCUGGAAGAAGCUGUUUGUAGCACAAUGUCUAAUGUGGUAUUGUAUCGGAAAAGAGAAAACCCAAAUAAAAUAGUAGUCUUACUAUCUGCAUCCAGAGAAUUGUCCUGGGAGCUUCAAAAUCUCCAUGAGGAGGGCUACUUUGGUCCCCCAGAACCUACGCAGCAGUUUCCAUUAAGAGAAGGAGAGCAGAUUCAUUUUCAAUUUACAGGCAAUAUAUUUGCCUCAGAAAAUGGAAAAGAUUUUGGAAAAGCCUACAGGCUGACUUUUCAUUCACAAAGAAAGCCCAAGCUAGAGCUCCAAAUUAAAGAAGUGGAUGAGUUUGGUAACCACAGCUCACCUCAUUACAAAGGAACAGCUGUUUUUUAUAAAAUCACCAGAGAGAUGAUAACCAAAGAAUGGAAACAGCCCUUGCCAUGUGCUGAUUACCAACACCAGUCACCACUGUGCAAAUUAGCGCUAACAUUACCAAAGAUAAGCCAAAGAGUUGCUGAUGGAGCAGUUCUGAUCCAUCACCCAUGUACAAACUCCCUCAGAAUUUCUCUUAGCAGGUGAGAGACUCUCAUCCAAGGACCAGCAUAGAAAAACUGUACUUAGCAGAACUUUUUCACAGAUUUGCCCUUUCCAGCUGGUAUGGCCCUGAGAAAUUAUUGCUUAAGUGUCAGUUAAAUACUCUCUGUAACCUUGUCUAGGCAGUACAGAAUUGUAAACUGUAGGUGCAUAAAUGGUCGAUGUAACCUUUCUCCUAUCACCUGAUUUUCCUAUUAUACUUAAUAAGCCUCUGCAAUACAGCCAUGUGGGCAUUCGGCUUCAUCUCUGGUGAAAGCUAUUCCUACAUGAAUUAACCUUUAAUGGAAUGAAAUCAAACUGUAAUCUUUUCAAAGAGCCCAGAUAUCAACAUCCCGUGUUGUAUAAAAUGCUGCCACUAGACUACUUUUAUCAAGUUUACAUACAUUUCAAUCUCAAAAUCUGUGCAGGUAACACUGGUCUGAAUCUCUGGUGGCAUGCAGUAGCACCUGUUUCUUUUUUUAAUUUAAUUGAACUCACUCUUCUUAAAGUAUUACCUGCAAAUACAUCUCCUAUUCUUUAAGCAUAGCUCUUGAUUUCUCUCUCAUCUCCAUUCUCCCAAGUAAAAAAUAAGAACAGUUAGGUGCAGAGGAUUUUGAGAAGAGGCUUCUUUUAGUGAUAAAAUCUGUAUAAAAUGUAAAUUUGGCAGGGGGGAAUCACAUGCUUUCACCCUCUGCUUUUUCACAGGGUUAGCAUCCCAUGUAUAGUACUCACAGAGAGAGAAAUACAAACUCUUGAGGCUCCACUGGGGAAGAUCAUAAUCAAACAAACAAAAACCCAAACCCAUGAACAAAAACAAGAGCCAGUGACACAACUUAGGUAUCAAUUAGUUUUCUUCCAUCCACUUGUCUCUCUUCCAUCCCAUUUUUCCUCUUCAGUUAAUCUUACUGUGUAUUUAGAAUAAGAUGUAGUGAAAUGAGUUGCAUUUGUAUUAAACCACAAAGACAAUUAUCAAGUGUCUCAGAUUUGUUUUGGUAUAUACAGCCUCAUGCUAGUCUUAAAAUAUCCAACUCAGAUUUUUCAAAACAAUUAUUUCUGACUAACCUUUUUCUCCUACUAAAUUUAAGGCCGCAUUUUCUCUUUCCCAGUAUGGCUGAGAUCUUGAAAUAUGGUCACUCUGCAUAAGUGUACAAGAAUAUGUAAUAUAUGUGGGCAUGCAAGAACACCCAGGCAGCCUAUUCAUGUAAAAGAAGCAGAAGAUUACAUGGUCAUGGUAUUAACAUGGUCAUGGUUGUUAAAUUAUAAGAGUUAUUGGAAAGGAAGUUUAACAUCAGGAAUGCAGAUAAUCUUUUGUCCUUUCAGCCUUUGACAGAUACAUUCACUUACUGCAUUGUCAGGAACUAUAUAAACUAGGAGUACCUUCGCUCUGCAGGCUAACAAUACAUGAUGGGAGAAACCUGGUACAAGACUUUCACCUGAAUAAACAUGUUAGUACACACAAAAUUAAACACAUACAAAAAUAAAA